AUGCAUUCCGUGGCCGGGAAUAAAGACCGGCUGGCGGGCUCCACCCGGGGCAAGAAAUGCGGGGUGAGCGAGGUCUGCUCGCCCCCGAAGCCCGCCGCGCCCUUCUCGCCCGAGAGCUGGUACCGCCGGGCCUACGAGGAGCGCGCGGGCGGGCGGCCGGCCCCCGAGGGCGCGGGCUCGGCGCUCGGCUCCUCGGGCACGCCGUCCCCCGGCUCGGGCACCUCGUCCCCCGGCUCCUUCGCCGGCUCCCCGGGCCCCGCCUCCCCGGGCAUCGGCACCAGCUCGCCCGGCUCCCUGGGCGGCUCGCCCGGCUUCGGCACCGGCUCCCCGGGCUCGGGCUCCGGCGGCGGCUCCUCCCCGGGCUCCGACCGCGGCGUCUGGUGCGAGAACUGCAACGCGCGGCUGGAGGAGCUGAAGAGGCAGGCGCUGCAGCUGCUGCUCCCCGGGCCCUUCCCGGGCAAGGAUCCUGCCUUCUCUGCCGUGGUUCACGACAAACUUCAGGUCCCCAACACCACCCGGAAGGCCUGGAAUGACCGGGACAACCGCUGUGACAUCUGUGCCACACACCUGAACCAGCUGAAGCAGGAGGCCAUCCAGAUGGUGCUGACCUUGGAGCAGGCGGCCAGCGGCCAGCACUACGACGCGGCCCCCGGCUCCCCGCCCCCGCUGUCCCCCGGCCCUCGGCACGCCGGCAGCCUCCACCAGCCCCGGGACUGGGCCUUCGUGCCUGCCGCCUAUGCCCCCUCCGGCUACACGGGCCCGGUCAACAAGCACAGCGGAGGCAAGCCCAACAGCCUGGGGGUCGGCAAUGGGGUGGAGAGGAAGACCGGGUCCCCCACCCACCAGGCCAAGGCCGGCCUUCCGACGGCCACCAGUCCCAGCAACGGCAACAUCCUCAACCCCGUGGCCAUUCAGGCCCACCAGUACCUGGACGGCACCUGGUCCCUCUCCAGAACCAAUGGGGUUACCCUCUACCCGUAUCAGAUCUCCCAGAUGGUGACGGAGCCCGGCCGGGAGGGACAGACAGAGGCGGCGCUGAACCGCAACAACGCAGACAAGCCCUCGGCCUGCAGCGUCGCCGCCCCGCAGGGCCCCGGCGAGACCGCCACAGGGGCCUCCGUGGCCGCUUCCUUCUUCGCAAGAGCUGCCCAGAAGUUAAACCUGUCUUCUAAGAAGAAGAAGCACCGGCCCUCGCCCGCCUCGGCCGCGGAGACGCCGCUCUUCGCCACGAGCUUCAGCGGGAUUCUGCAGAGCUGCCCGCCCCCCGCCCCGCCCUGCCUGCUGCGGGCCGUCAGCAAGGUGAAGGACACCCCCGGCCUGGGCAAGGUGAAAGUCAUGCUGCGCAUCUGCUCCACGCUGGCCCGCGACUCCUCCGAAUCCAGCUCCUUCCUGAAGGCGGACCCUCGGAAGAAGCAGGUCACCCUGUACGACCCGCUGACCUGUGGGCCCAACGCCUUCCCCAAGAGGGGCAGCCAGGUGCCGCCCAAGAUGUUUGCCUUCGACGCGGUCUUCCCACCCGAUGCCUCCCAGGCCGAAGUGUGCGCGGGGACCGUGGCGGAGGUGAUCCAGUCCGUGGUCAACGGGGCGGACGGCUGUGUGUUCUGUUUCGGCCAUGCCAAGUUGGGAAAAUCCUACACCAUGAUCGGCAAGGACGACUCCAUGCAGAGCCUGGGCAUCAUCCCCCGCGCCAUCUCCUGGCUCUUCAAGCUCAUCAACGAGCGCAAGGAGAAGACCGGAGCCCGCUUCUCCGUGCGCAUCUCGGCCGUGGAGGUGUGGGGGAAGGAGGAGAACCUGCGGGACCUGCUGUCGGAGGUGGCCACGGGCAGCCUGCAGGACGGCCAGUCCCCCGGCGUCUACCUCUGCGAGGACCCCAUCUGCGGCACGCAGCUCCAGAACCAGAGCGAGCUGCGGGCCCCCACCGCCGAGAAGGCCGCCUUCUUCCUGGACGCCGCCAUCGCCUCCCGCCGGGGCAACCAGCAGGACUGCGACGAGGAGGACCACCGCAACUCCCACAUGCUCUUCACGCUGCACAUCUACCAGUACCGCAUGGAGAAGAGCGGCAAGGGCGGAAUGUCCGGAGGUCGCAGUCGUCUCCACCUCAUCGACCUUGGCAGCUGUGUGAAGACGCUGAACAAGAACCGUGAAGGAGGCUCGGGGCUGUGCCUCUCCCUAUCCGCGCUGGGCAACGUCAUCCUGGCUCUGGUCAACGGCAGCAAGCACAUCCCGUACAAGGAGAGCAAGCUCACCAUGCUGCUGCGCGAGUCCCUGGGGAACGUGAACUGCCGCACCACCAUGAUCGCCCACAUCUCCGCGGCGGCCAGCAGCUACGCGGAGACCCUGUCCACCAUCCAGAUCGCGUCCCGCGUCCUGAGGAUGAAGAAGAAGAAGACGAAGUACACGUCGAGCUCCUCGGGGGGAGAGAGCUCCUGCGAGGAGGGCCGGAUGCGCAGGCCCACGCAGCUGCGGCCCUUCCACGCCCGCGCCGCGGCGGACGCCGACUUCCCCCUGGGGCCCCUGUCCAGCGACCCCGACUACUCGUCCAGCAGCGAGCAGUCCUGCGACACGGUCAUCUACAUCGGGCCCAACGGCAUGGCGCUCUCCGACAAGGAGCUCACGGACAACGAGGGGCCCCCCGACUUCGUCCCCAUCGUGCCCGCCCUGCAGAAGAGCCGGGCGGACCGCCGGCCCGAGGCGGUGGAGGCCGCGGCCCGCGCGCCGGAGCGCGACUGCCUCAAGUGCAACACGUUCGCCGAGCUGCAGGAGCGGCUGGACUGCAUCGACGGCAGCGAGGAGCCCAGCGCCUUCCCCUUCCGGGAGCUCCCGGCCCCCGGCGCCCCGCUCUCCGAGUCCGACCCGGAGGACGGCCCGCGGCGGGCAGGGCGGGCGCGGAGCCGCGGGCGUGCCCCAGGCGGGGGCGCCCGGUCGCCGGCGCCCGGCCCGGCCUCCCCCCGCAGCGUCCCGGGCAGCAGCGGAGGCCAGCGGAGCCCCCCGGGGCUCGCGCAGAGCCCCGGCCUCCGGAGCAGCCGCGAGAGCCUGGCCUCCUGCGGCCCGGCGGACGGCAAGCCCCGGCCCCUGGGCUCCCCGCGGCUGGGCGUCGCCAGCCUGUCCAGGGCCCCGGAGUACAAGCCCCCCGGCUCGCCUGCGCAGAGGUGCAAGGUGUCCACCCAGAAGGGCGUCCCGCCCGGGCCCGCGCCCGCCCCCGGCGAGGGCCCCCAGCAGCCCGAGCUGCGCACCCCGCCCGCGGGGAUGAGCCCCCGGGCUCCGAAGAAGCCCCUGUCCGCCGCGAGAGAGGGGUGCCCCGAGCCCCCGGGGGAGGACGGGCCUCGGGGGGGGCUCGCCCCGGACCCCACCGCGGAGAUCCUGAGCCCCGCCACGGUGACGGUGCAGCCGGCGCUGGAGCUGAACGGGGAGGACGAGCUGGUGUUCACCCUGGCGGGGGGAGCCGGCCCGCGGCGGCGGCGAGGGCCCCGCGCCCGCCCCGGCCCCGGCCGCGGGCUCCCGGCCCGUCAGCAUCAUCGGCAGCGUGAGCGAGGACCCCGAGAGCGGGCCCGCGCCCGAGGGGAGCUCCCCCCACAGCUCGCGGCCGAGCCUCACCCCGGCGGGCAGCUGCGCGGGGAGCACCGCCGCCGCCCCGGGGCCCGGCGCGGGGGAGGAGCCCCCCGGCAGAGCGGCCCCGGCCAAGGGCGGCGGGGUCUCCGGGCCGGGCCGGGCCACGGUCGCCCUCUCCAGCGUGGCCGGCCCGGGCGGCGAGGCCUCCAGCCCCACGAAGACCGGCCUCGCCGCGUCCCCGCGCCCCCCGGGAGCCCCCGCGGCCGGGGCCCGGACAGCAAGGACGCCGGGGCCAAGGAGGACGUGACGUUUGAGGACCCCUGGCUGAAACGAGAAGAAGAGGCGAAGGACGAGGACGGGGGCUCUCCCGGGGCCGAGGGGUCCCGGGGCGAGGGGGCCCCGGACGCCGCCGGGUGUCCCGAGCCGGACCGGGACGAGGAGCCGGGCCCCGGGGACAGCGAGGCGGUGGCCGCCCCGGGCACGGACGGCCUCAGGAGGGUGGCCGACGGCUGUGAGAUGGCCCCGCCCGGCGCGGCCGCCCCGAGCCCCGUGCGCUGCAGCAGACCCCUCCAGUCCAGCAGCCUCCCUCGCGCCUUCCAGAAAGCCAGCCGCCAGGAGGGCCCCGACGGGCUCCCGUGCCCGUGUGCGGCCCAGCCCCGCAGCCCGGGCCCGGCCCCCGGCGCCCCGCCCUCCAAGGCCACCCUGGAGCGGAAGGUCGCCUCCCCCCAGCACGGCGUCCUGGCUCGCCCCAAGGGGACGCCCCCGCUGCCCCCCGUCCGCAAGUCCAGCCUGGAGCAGAAGAACCGGGCCAGCCCCCAGCACAGCCCCCCGGGCCAGCCCGCCCCCCUCCCGGCCGGCCCGCCGGACGAGGCCGGCGGCAAGAGCAAGGACGCCAGCGGCGGCGGCAGCAGCAGCAGCAAGCUCUUCAGCGCCAAGCUGGAGCAGCUGGCCAGCAGGACCCACUCCCUGGGCCGGGCCACGGUCAGCCACUACGAGUGCCUGUCGCUGGAGCGGGCCGAGAGCCUGUCGUCCGUGAGCGCCCGGAUGCACGCCGGCAAGGACAGCACCCUGCCCCGGGCCGGCCGCGGCCCGCCCCCCGCCCCCGGGGCCGCCUCGCCCAGGGCCGGCCCGGCCAGGCUCUCCGCGGUGAGCAAGCUCCUGCUGGCCAGCCCCAGGGCGCGGGGCCCGUCCGCGCCGCCCACCAAGACGCUCAGCUUCUCCACCAAGUCGCUGCCGCCGGCGGGGGGCCAGAGCCCGCCGCCGCCGCCGCCCGCCGGCGGGAAGCCGCUGUCCUGGUCCACGCAGUCGCUGAGCCGCAGCCGGGGCGCGGGGGCCGCGGCCAAGCCGCCCCUGCGCGCCGCCAACGGGCGCGUGUCGGAGCUGCUGCGGGGCGGCGCGGGCGGGGGCGGGCCCGAGGAGGAGCGCGCGGGCCCCGGGCUCCCGCUGCCCUCGCCCUACAGCAAGGUGACGCCGCCGCGGAGGCCGCACCGCUGCAGCAGCGGCCACGGCAGCGACAACAGCAGCGUGCUGAGCGGGGAGCUGCCGCCCGCCAUGGGCAAGACCGCGCUCUUCUACCACAGCGGCGGCAGCAGCGGCUACGAGAGCGUCCUGCGCGACAGCGAGGCCACCGGCAGCGCCUCCUCCUCCGCGCCCGACUCCACCAGCGAGAACAGCAGCUCGCUGGGCGGCCGCUGCAGCCUCAAGGCCCCAAAGAAGCGCUCCAACUCAGGCUCCCAGCGACGGAGGCUCAUCCCCGCGCUGUCCCUGGACGCCGCGUCCCCCGUGAGGAAGCCCGCGGCCGGCGCGGGGCUGCGCUGGGUGGACGGCCCUCUGCGCGGCGCCCCGCGGGGGCUGGGGGAGCCCUUCGAGAUCAAAGUCUACGAGAUCGACGACGUGGAGCGCCUGCAGCGGCGCCGGCACAGCGCCGGCAAGGGGCCCGUGGUCUUCAACGCGAAGCUGAGAAUCCUGGAGCACCGGCAGCAGCGCAUCGCCGAGGUCCGAGCCAAGUACGAGGGGCUGAUGAAGGAGCUGGAGGCCACCAAGCAGUUCCUGAUGCUGGACCCCGACAGGUGGCUCCGAGAAUUUGACCUGGAGCAGGUUCUGGAGCUGGACUCCCUGGAGUACCUGGAGGCGCUCGAGGGCGUGACCCAGCGCCUGGAGAGCCGGGUCAACUUCUGCAAGGCUCACCUCAUGAUGAUCACCUGCUUCGACGUCACCUCGCGGCGCCGGUGA